CGCUAGCCCUAAGAUAAAGGCGUGGUCUUCCUCGACCUCCGAAUUCGCAUACAUAGCAAUCGAGAAUUUGGACUCCCCCCGAUCGAUGAAAGCUGAACGGGCAUGGAAAUGAAGCAUCAAGUAACGAAAACUCGCCUCCGCAAAAGACUAUGCCUCUUGAGGCGAAUUCGCUGCUUUCUUGGUCCUGUUUAGCGCGGCGCGGCUUCUGCCCGAAGAUAGCGGCCUUCGUCUAGCCAAUCAGCAAAGGUUUUUAUUAGUUCGAGUCGAGCCGAUCAGCGCUACAUACAAAAGAUCUUUCUCCUUUGCCAACAUCUCUCCCACGUCGCCUCUCUUCAGCUUCUCACCAACGACAUCAUCCUUAUACGGUCUGCCUCUGAUUGGAGACUGGUCGUCAAGCGUGUACCUCGGAACAGAUCUCUAUAUUUUCAACAAGCCUAGCGAUCUGUUCAAAGCCUUCAAAGAUUGUAAGACAUUAUCCGCCCUCAUGUCUCUUCCUCAGAGACAGCGUCGGGACUACAACAAAUUUCCCACUACUCAGCUUUUCUUCUUGGCUCUCGUGAGGGUCGCCGAGCCCAUAGCCCUUACAUCGAUUUUCCCUUACGCCUGGAAACUCGUAAUCGACUUCAACGUAACUGAUCGCGCAAAUGCAUCCUUCUAUGCCGGUCUGCUGAUCUCAGCCUUCGCUCUUGCUGAAUCUUUGACAGGACUAUAUUGGGGAGGUCUCUCGGACCGCAUCGGGCGCAAGCCUGUGUUGCUCUUGGGAAGUGCCGGAACCAUGCUCUCACUCCUUUUGGUCGGAGUUUCAACCAAUUUCUGGAUGGCUUUGGCUGGACGAGCAAUUGGCGGCUUCCUCAACGGAAACAUCGGUGUCAUUCAGACCAUGGUCGGAGAACUUACUGUCAACCCCAAGCAUGAGCCUCGCGCAUACUCGGUCAUGCCAUUUGUCUGGAGCAUAGGCACAAUCAUUGGUCCAUCCAUCGGCGGUAUCUUCUCAGCUCCAGCGGAUAACUUCCCGGAUGUGUUCUCACCGCAUGGAAUUUUCGCCAAAUUCCCCUAUCUGCUUCCCAACCUCAUUUGCGCAGCCUUGAUGAUGUUUUCAAUUGUCUGCGGAUUCUUCUUCCUCGAGGAAACUCACCCCGACAUGCAGCCCUGGAGCACAGUAGACGAUCUCCAACACACCGAAGCCGAAACUCCACUUUUCGCUGCUCAGGCCGGUACGACAACAGCCGCGGUCGACUUGCGCAAUGAAUCUUACGGUACCUUCAACAAGGUCGUCCAAGAUCAAGAGUGGAAUGUUUUGCCCGAUGGAACGGAUGCGCCAAAGGAAGCAGAGCCCCAGGAUCAAGUUGUCUUCACGAAGCGUGUGGUCAUGUUGAUCAUUGCACUCGGCAUCUUCACCUAUCACUCCAUGUCUUAUGAUCAUUUGUUGCCCAUCUUUUUCCAGGACUCUCGUGUUGAAAGCAGAGCACAUGGAAACAAGCUAAGUUCAAUGGCGGGUGGUCUCGGUUUGACGAUUCAAGAUGUAGGUGUCGUCAUGUCUGUCAACGGCAUUAUCGCGCUGGGUGUUCAAGCCAUUAUUUUCCCUUUGGCAGCAGCAUGGCUGGGUGUUUGGAAGUUGUUCAUUGUCACCACAGUCUUGCACCCUCUCGCUUACGUCGUGGUUCCUUACUUGGUUCUCCUGCCUGAUGGAUGGCUCUAUCCUGGCAUCUACGCCUGCCUGACGAUUCGCAAUAUCUUCGCCAUUCUUGUUUAUCCGGUCCUUCUGAUCUUGCUCAAGGAGGCUUCACCUUCGCCUUCAUGCUUGGGUAAGAUCAAUGGCUUGGCUGCUAGCACUGGUGCAGCGUGCCGCACUCUCGCAUCGCCCAUCGCAGGUAUCCUCUAUGGCAUUGGUAUCGAUAUCGACUUUACCGCUCUGGCAUGGUGGGUUAGCGGCGCCGUUGCCAUCAUCGGUGCUAUUCAGUGCUUCUUCGUUCAUCGCAACAAGAGUAGUGAAUGGCAUCAAGUUCGUGCUCGUGCACCUUGCCGCUUCAUGCCACCUGAGGAGCACAGACAGGAUAUUGUUCACAUUGUUGUACAAGACGAGGAAGAGGAGGGAGCUGAAGCUAAUGAGCAGCAGAGGCUGUUGGCAUAGGCUAUAAUGACUUAUGAGUCAGUCGAAAUCUAACGUGUACAAUGGAUGUUAUUUGCAUAUAUCAUUUCCAUAGCAUUUAGCGGCUUUUAGGGUUCUUUUGGUGUUGUAUAUGUAUGUCUCCCUUUCAUAGCGAGCGUGGCGUUUUGGGCCGAUAUUUAGGUUAGACUAUAGGUGUUAAAUGAUGACCUCUCCUUCGAACGCCCUUCUAUACAUAAAACG